AUGGGAUGGUUCUGGGAUUCCAAGCCAGCAACUCCUGCUGCUGCUAGUCCGCUUGACGCAACAGCCCCCGAACCAUCAGUGCUUGCGACAACUCCCUCACCUUCCCAACUCCCAGAGCUUGCCGAACAAGGGAAAAGCGACGCAUCAUUUCGCGACCUCCUAAAGGAAUUCUAUGCCGAGGAGUUGCGCAGUCAAGAGCAAAAAUAUAAAACAAAGGAGGGCCAGUCAAAGGCGUCUAUUGAUUAUGAACCCGUGGACAUCUCACCAGAUUCACUCUACCCGACAUCAAUGUCAUGUCGAUCAGCCUUUGACUAUGCCAUGUUCUGCCAGAGCUUUGGAGGGCAAUUUGUUAAUGUAUAUCGAUAUGGUGAAUUUAGGAGUUGCUCCAAUCAUUGGAACGACUUCUGGCUGUGUAUGAGAACGAGGAACAUACCGGAGAGGGAACGGGCUCGACAGAUCCGGGAACAUUAUCAGAAAAAGAUCAUUAAAUACAAAACUGGGCCAAGCAGUGAAGAUGUCUGGGAAGUCAGAGAUGUACCUGUUCAAGAUUCGAUGCAGGGAAAUCUCGAAGAACUGGAGGCCCGGAUAGAAGAAUGGAAAAAGGCCAAUCCUUCGGCACCAGAUCCAUGGAAACAAGCAAAGACGUUUCGUACCGACCAGGAUGAGACUGUUGUACAGUGA